AUGGCUAAAACAGAAGGACAGAUCAAACGUAAACGUAAAAGUGCCGGACAUACAACAACCUCUCGUGCUUCGGCCGCAAAAAGCAAGGAGUUAAGUAUAUUAUUCCAAAAUUAUUUGAAAUGGAAAAGUAAUUUCGAAAAGUUUGUGGCGCCGUCCACAUCACGCUCUAUAUCACCAACAACCAACGAUAUGAAUUUGAAAGGUGUAAUUGCUGGUCGGUCGACAACGCAUCGAAAAGAAAUCAGUCUUUUACAUAUAUCUAAACCAUGGGACGGUUGUAAAACCGUAAAACAGGAAUACAUCGAACAAAAGGACUCAGAUGACCUGCAACACUUCAACGAAAAAAGUGACUCGGAUGAAUCAGAACGCCCCGACGAAGAAAAUGAUUCACACUCCUCGGAAGAUUUGUCUACAGAAGGAAGAGAUUUAGAUGAAGCCGAACAAUCUUUCGCAGUAAGUGACACAGUUAACUCCCAUCAAUCUACUGAAGAAAGUGAGUCACCAGACUUCGAACAAGCAAUCGAAGAAAAUGAAUCACAUAACACGGAACAGUCGUUCAUCGAAAUAAAUGACCCGGCUGAUUCGCAAGAGUCGUCUAUAAAAGAAAGUGGCUCAGUUGAAGAAGAAAAUGAUUCACACAACUCGGAAGAGCUGUCUAUAGAAGAAAGUGACCCAGAUGAGCCCAAAGAAUCUUUCGAAGAAAUUGAUUCCGAUGACUCGGAGCACUACACAACCGCAUCGGAGAGUGGCGAGUACAGUGUAGAUUGCUUUAAUGCGAGUACAUUUGGCGAUACUUCAUAUGACCUUGAAGAUGCACAUUAUGUGACAGCGGACAAUUUUGAAUACAUUAAAAGUCAUGACAGCAACUCAUCCGACGCCAGUGAAGAAUCAACAGAUCCCAGUCAAUCAAAGCCCAAUUUGAGCACCCCACCUGAAAUAACAGUCCGAGGUGACUUAAGUGCUUCGAGGAUAAAUUUAUCUACAGAAGAUCAGUUGAGUUCGGAUAGUGAAGAUGACACCUCUACCGACUUGGAGGAUAAUUGGGUUAAUAUUAGCAGUGAUCGACAGUUGUUUCACUUAACCGACAACUUUUAUGAUUGUGAUAUGGUCUUGAAGAUUUGCUUACUGGACAAGCCGUUGUAUGAGAAAGAUGUAGAGACGCUUUUGCAGAAAUAUACAGGGAAACCUUCCGACAAGUCUUCAGAGGAACAUUCCGAGGAAUUUACAGAAAACACCUCCGAGAAGCCGUUAGCGAUGACUGCCGAAAACUUUGCAGAAAGCACUUCCGAGAACCCUUUAGAUAAAUCUUCUGAAAAGUCUUUAGAUAAACCUUCCGUGAAAUUUACAGAAAAAACUUCCGAGAGGCCUUCAGAUAAAUCUUUUGAGAAAUCUUCAGAUAAACCUUCCGCGAAAAUUACAGAAAACGCUCCCGAGAAGACAUCAGCGAAGUCUGCUGAGCAGCCAUCCCAGAAUUAUUCAGAGAAACCUUCAGAAACGCUCUCAGAGAAACCUUCGGAAAAGCUUGCGGAGACACCUUCAGAGGAGGACAGUGACCUUAAUGAAUCUUUCACAGGUUUAGAAAAUCUCUACAAAAAAUCAGUAAAACAUUUAUAUUUCUUGUAA